GAUGUCGUCUAUACAAUUAGGUAGUUAGUUUCCUUCCUCGUCGGUCUCAUGCUCUUGUGUGUGACGGAUCGGUGUAUGAUUAUUUCCUGAAUACAGUUUUGCCUUCUUCUAUUCUCUCUUCCCUCUAAGGCAGAGAGAACGAGGGUGGAGGGACCGAGGGAGAAAUUUGAAAAGUUGAAACUGAAACCCUAGCAAGCGAUGUCUGAGCAAUCCAGCAAUAGUGACUGGUCUUUUGACAUAAAGGAGCUAUUAGAGAUAAGGACAAGAUGUAGAGAGUUAAGGAAAGAAAAGGAUUUGUUGAGAGACUCACAAAUGCAGAGCUUUGAAAUUAUCAGAAAAUUAGAAGAGCAGGUACAAACAUUAUCUUGUGCCCACUUGGAGGACAAGAAACGGAUCCAGGAGUUGGAAAGGGAACUAGAUAACUGCUCACAAGAAUUAGAUUACCUGCAGGAUCAGCUCACAUUAAGCAACUCAGACAAGGAAGUUUUGGAGGAAGAAACUGGGAGGUUAAAAGAGGAACUAGAGAUUUCAAAGGCUGAGGGGUUUAUGUUGUUGGAAAAUUUGGAAAGCAAGGAGUUGGAGCUUCAGAGUUCAUCUGUGUUAAUAGAGAAACUAGAGGAGUCUAUUUCAUGCGUGGGAUUGGAAUAUCAAUGUGAAAUUGAGAGCCUGAAGCUUGAUCUAACAGCAUUGGAUCAAAAUUGUCUUGAACAUAAAAAGUCGCAAGAGCAGACAGCUCAAGGAAAUGCAUCGUUUCAUGAUUUUCAGCUUCGCUUCCAGAGUACAGGGGACUAUAUUGAAUAUUUAGAGAAGGAGAAUGCAAAUCUAAAGGAACAACUUCAAACAUGUGAAAAGAACGUCAAAGUGUUUUGCCAAAAUGUGGAAGAGCAAUUUCCAGAAUUGAUAAUUACUGGGCAUGAAGAAGUGCCAGAGAAUAAUGCCAGCUCAUGUGGUGACAUUUUGGGUCCUCUCCUUACCAAACUCGCUGUUCUAGGGGCAUCCACGGUCAACCGUAAGGAUGAGACAAACACAGUGUCUCAUCAAAUACAAAGAUAUGAAUCUCUUUUGGCAAAGCUUAAGGAAGAACUGAAGCUGGAAAGGUUAAAGGCAAAAGAAGAAGCAGAGGAUUUAGCUCAGGAAAUGGCAGAACUAAGAUACCACAUGAUGGGGUUGCUUGAAGAAGAGCAAAAACGGCGUGUGUGCAUUGAGCAAUUGUCUUUGCUGAGAAUCUCAAAGCUGGAGGCUCAGCUUGAUAAAGAACGAAAGAAAUCAGAUGAACAAGAGCUUGUGAAAACUAUCUCCACUUCUGAAUUUGCCCCUGAAGCGUAAAACACUGGUUGUGCUUCUCGAGGGCUGACUGUGGAAACAAGAGGCUGUUCUUUUUUACUUGCCUAAGAGGGAAUGCUGAGGUGUUGAUGUUCUUCAUGCUACUAUCCAUCUCCAACCCAUUGGAAUUUGAUAAAACUGUAUGUGCAGUAGGGAUUAGAAGUUAGAAGUCAGGUUUUCAUGUCAAUUUUGAGAUCUAUUUUAGCCGGUUAUGAGGCAUGGAAAAUAGACUGAAUGCCAAUGUUCCAUAAAGGCCCAUAGUACUUUCAGUUUUGUCAAAUGAGAAUGUGAUCUAUUGUUGAAAAGAAUAAGAAUGAAUCUCGUGCUUUAAUUGGAGAGUUGUGCAUUGUCUAUAAUAGAAAUGUAAAUUGUCAUGAAUUAGCAAAUUGUACAUUGACAUAUUUGUAAAUAACUCAGAAGUUUUUUGUUUUUGUUUCUGUAAACCGUGC